AUAAAGUCGCUUUAAGUUAAGUUAGAUAAUUGUGUCUCCCCCCUGUUCCUGAAAUGUCUAAACAGACCUUUCAAACUUAUGUUAUGUUAAUAUGUUUUUAUAGUGACAAGCAGCAACACUGGUUACUACUUAUAACCCUAUUGAGGUUUCAGUUUCUGCACAGUCCAGUGACUUUGGUUUCGAUCGGGAUUUAUAUCUCUAUUAUGGACAAUUUGGGUCAACAAACACCUCAUCAAAAUAAUCAUUCAAAUGAUACAGAAAUGAACAAUUUUAUGGACGUAUCCAGAAUGAGUACCAUGUGGCCUUAUCCACAUCCUGACAGGUUUUCACAAUACAGGGAUUUCUUUCAUGAACCUCAGCAAGGAGUAGUUUCUGGGAAUGAAACAACAAAUAAUGUUAGCCAAGUAUUAACAAACAAUUCCACACAGCAACAUUCUUUAGUGAAUACUAUGCCUGUUAUGGGAACUUUACAAACAGUAUUAACUCAAGGUUUGCCAAACCAAAAUGUUAAUGCUAAUGUUGUUAAUUUAAAUCAUACUCCACAGAAUUUACCCAGUACUAUUCAGACUUCCAUAAAUAGCCUUCCAAAUGCCACCAACUCUACCAGUCAAGGACAAGAGCAAUCUACCCAGAUAUUAACAAGAAUGAGGUUGCAAGAUUUAGUGAGAGAAGUAGAUCCUAAUGAACAAUUAGACGAAGAUGUUGAAGAUGUAUUAUUACAAAUGGCAGAUGAUUUUGUUGACUCAGCAAUUACAGCUGGUUGUCUUCUUGCCAAGCACAGAAAAUCAACUACUGUAGAAGUUAAGGAUCUUCAGCUACAUUUAGAAAGAAAUUGGAAUAUGUGGAUACCUGGUUUUGGAACAGAUGAAUUGCGACCUUACAAACGUGCAUCUGUUACAGAAGCUCAUAAACAAAGACUUACGCUUAUCAGAAAAACAUUAAAAAAAUAUUAAGGAGUAAUUAUUUUAAAAUUGUAAAUACAAAGUUUAUUCAUUUUUUAUGUAUAUAUUGUGAUGUUAUACAUUUUAUAAAUAAAUACAAAAUAACUAUAUUUAUAAACAAUGUUUGAAGAUCAGGGAACUUAUCAUUAACAAACUGUUGAUUGCUGUGAUUAUAACACCACUUUUAUACUGGUAAACAAUGUAUUGAACCAAUGUUUGGUUUGAAAACUAUUAUAAAUUAAACAAUCUGACUUAUGCAGAUAUGCAAAGUAGUUAUACAAUUUAAUUUUUUUUAAAAUGAAAUAAAUAAAUCACAAUUCAUCACGUUUUUCAAUUUUAACUAGCUCUACAUCAAAUGUAAGAACAGCCCCACCUGGGAUUUUUGGAGGUGCACCGACAUUUCCAUAGCCAAGAUCAGGAGGUAUCACUAGUUUUCUGAUCUCACCUUCACACAUUC